AAUGUGUAAAAUAGCAGCUUGCUUUGUGGCUUGCUUUAUGCUGGGCCUAAUAGAGCAAAGUGUUGCGGAAAUUUAUUCGUACGAAGAUGUCGAAUUGAGAAGAAUUUUCCCAAGCGAAUUUCCGCAAGACACCAUUCGAAAAAGCGGCAACUUAGACUUUGAACCUUUAGGUCGUUAUGCAGAAUUGAAACGAUAUUUUAAAUACCCUAAGAACAACUUAAUGGCUCACUUUGAGGAGCUGAUAUGCUACGAGGAUGGCGAAAAAAAGGUGUGUAAGAUAGAUUUCGACCGCUACUCGCCUGCGGAAGACAGUUUCUACAACUCCGCGAAGCCUGAGAGCCACGUCGACAGGCGUCGUUUCGUGGUGUUUGUUCUGGUCGCCGCCACGAUGGCUGCUCCCCAAAAUCAACAGGAUGUUCAAAUCGUGCGAUAUGAUGUUAACAAUGCUGGACUGGACUCUUACAGUUUCGCGUGGGAGACAUCGGACGGUAGCAAGCACGAAGAGCAGGGUGAGCUGAAGAACCAAGGGACCGAAAACGAGGGCAUCGCUGUUCGAGGUCAAUACUCGUGGAUUGGUCCUGACCAAGUCCUUUACACAGUCACUUACAUUGCUGAUGAAAAUGGCUUCCAGCCCACCAUAGAGCAAGGUCCAGGUGGUGGCGUUCCUCCCGCAGUCGUCGCCUCGCUCCUCGGUUAAAAUCUGCGUAGUUGCUAGAAAAAUCAAUGUAAAUAGUUUAAUUCAA